CCGUGCACGCGGAGGGCGCUGCAGGCAAGAGAAACGGUCACCAGCACUUGCAGUUGCGCGUCAGCAGGACAAAUGUACUUGUUACGGCGAGUGCUUAGUCGAACAGAAAAAGUUUUUUAAAGGUUACAAAAAGUGUCAUCUUAAAAUAACUGUUUUUCCGAAACGAAUGAAAAUAUUUAUAGUUGUUUGAUCGCAUGUGAGAAGCGUUGUUUCUGAGCGGCGAGGCGGAGAGCAGAGAAGGACGAUCUCCGGGGCCAUGAGGAGGAGCGACGGUCAGUGGGACGUCCGGGCGGCGUCCGCCCACGCCGGCCUCUUCCACUUCCUGUGGUCCUGCGGCCGGGCCUGCCUGCUGCCCUUCCUCACGCUGUACCUGCGCCGCCUGGGCCUCACCGCCGCCAUGGUGGGCAUCGCCAUGGCGACCAGGUGGCUGAUCGCGCUGGCCUGGGGCCCCGCCGCGUCGCUCCUGGCCGCGCGGUACGACCGGCGGCGGGCGGUGGUGCUGGGCUCGCUGCUCUGCUCGGCGGCCGUGGCGCCCCUCCUCCUGCUCCUCCCCCCCGCCGACGCCAACGCCGCCGCCGCUGCCGCCGAGGCCGCUGGCCGCGGCUGCAACGCCACCCGGCUCUGGGGGGGCGACGCCACCGGCACCGACCUGGACCCUGGUCGCCCGGGUAACUUCACGCACCCCCCCACCGCGGGCUCCCCACCGGCGACGAUGUCGCGGCCGGUGUCGCUCGGCCCGGGUGGCUCGUCCGCGACGGCGAGCGAAGCCGGGGCGAGGAGCGGGUCUAACCGGUCUGAGGACAGUCGCCGGGUUUCGGAGGGACCCCGAAAACCCGCGUCCAGCUCUGGGGAGCAUAAAGUCGCCUUUUCAGGCAGGAACGGCUUCUACUCUCCUGUACCCGAGAGGAGGGUGAGAUCGGCGGGGAGGGGGUCCAAACAGGGCCUGGAGGCAGAGAAGGAGAAGGAGAAGGAGGAGGAGGAGGAGGAGGAGGAGGAGGAGGAAGCUCGGUCCGAGUUCCUGGGCAGCCUGAAGGUGAUGGACGCUCAGCACCAGCUCUUCUUCCUGGUCCUGAUGGGCGUGGCCCUGUGGGAGGGCGUGGCUGCCCCGCUGGAGCGGACGGUGGACGACGGGCUCUACGAGUACCUGGACUUCGUCGACGCCGCCGACCGCCACGGCUCGGCCCGGCUGUGGGGGCUCCUGGGGGCGUCGGGCGGGACCUUCGGGGCGGGGCUUCUGGUGGCGGGGCUGGGCUGCACGACGGCGGGCCGCCUGCCCAGCGGCUCCGCCCACUUCUUCGCCUACGCCCUGCUGACCGCCCUGGCCGUCCCCGCGGCGACCUUCCUUCCCGCCGUGACCCCGGGCAGCCGGAAGCGGGCGCCGGCGGGGCGGGCCCUGAAGGCCCUGCGGCAGGUCCGGCGGGACCCCGCCGCCGCGCUCUGCGCCACCACGGCCUUCCUGGCGGGCGCAGCGUCCUCCGCCGUCGCCGACUUCCUCCUGUGGCAGAUGCAGGACCAGGGGAGCGGCGAGCUGCAGAUGGGCGUGGCCCUGGGCGCGGCCCUCCUCUCGCAGGUGCUCUUCCUGGCCCUGGUGGCCCCGCGGGCGGCCCGCUUCCUGAGCCACGGGGCGGCGGCGGCGGCGGGGGCGGCGGCGCUGGGCCUGCAGUGCCUGUACUACUCCUUCCUGUGGUCGCCCUGGGCCGCGCUGCCCGCCCAGGCCCUGAGCUGCCUGAGCGCCGGCGCCCUCUGGUGGGCGGUGGAGGCGCAGUGCGAGGGCGCGGCUACGCCGGGCACGGAGCGAUGGGCGCGGGCGGUGGCGCGCGAGCUGGCCGGCGGCCUCGGGGCGGCGCUGGGCAGCCUGGCCGCCGGGUUCACGGUGGACCGCUUCGGCGCGGCGGUGCUGUUUCGCGGCGCGGCCGCCGUCCUGCUGCUGUGGGGGCUCGCCUUGCCCGUGGUGCUCUCCCGGCUGCCGCGGCAACGGCGGAUCAACUACUCCCGCCUGCUGGCGGCCGACGGCGAGGCCGGCGAGCAGAGCGAGAGCGGGUCGGACCCGGAGCCGGAGGGGGACUGGCUCGUCAGGGCCAUGCAGGACGACAGGAGCGCCAACAACAACAACACCGCCGCCGCCGGCGACCGACACUGGGGGAAGAACGAGAAGAGGAAGCCCGUCUGAGGAAGAGGAGGGACAGGGUGCUUCAUCAGUUAGAUGUUCGGUGGAAAGUGGAAAAGGAAAAGAAGGAUAAUUUAUUUCACAUUAAUUCCUGUGCAAAAAAAAAUGGUGAAAUCCUACAAAACUGAACACCACACCACGCCUUUUGACAACUAGCUUUCCACUGAGUGGAACAGCUACCGAAUGCCAGAUUUUGAGGUGUGCGUGAUGCUGGGGCAGGGGGCCAAAACGUCUCUCUUUUUUUUUUUAGGCUGCCCCUGUCCCAUCCACUGUACUGCUAAUUCCACCAUCUGUGUAACUCUUUAAUUCUUUAAGGGCCAGUAUGUAUGCGUGUUGUUUCUUCCUGCAAAUUUACCCAAACUUAAUUGGGUAACGAGCAGGACACACUAAAGCCAGUAGGUUACAGCUCAGAAAAUGUUUUGUAUAGGGGACACAAGAACAGUCUUCAGCUGCUAUUCAUGAGCUCAUAAAUAAGUUCUGCCUGAAUAUCAAGUCGUGUGAAUGAUUGGACUGAGGAAAUGAUUGAGAAUGGGUGUUGAAAAUGAAAUCAGGUAAUGGGCUUGCUGCUAAGCACAAGCGAUAAGGCUGGACCAAUAAGACAAGAUUUUUCCUCUUUUGAACUUACAGUACAGGAACUUGAACUGUUUUUGGCCCCAGUGUACAAAAAAAGUAUUCACCCUCCUCCCGUCGAACUCGGUCUGACUGGUGUGUGACGCGGCGUCUGAGGCAUGUCGAUAAACUGCUAUUUGCGUGACCUAUCGCUCUCAUUUGCAUACGCGGUCACGGACGGAGAGGAAUGUGCCAAUGGCAGUGCGGUCUGGAUGCGUGACAUCACUGCGAUCAGACCGCUCGCCCGGUGGCACCGGUGCUGGAGGCGACCGGGAACCAAUCAGACUGCAUGACUUGUUUCCUGUUGGUAGAUAAACGAUGUCAGUAAUGCUUAACUGUGCAUGUUCAUUUGUGGGGUGGGGUGGGGUGGAGGGGAUUACACAGCACACGGAAGGCUGUGCAAGGCUGCCAUGACAAGUUUCUUAAGACGCUUGUGUGUGUGUGUCUUUGGGAAUGGGGAGAUGCCAUUUAAGUUUAUACCGCGUGUUUCUCAGAAGGUGUCACUGACUGGAAGAGCAAGCCCAGUGUAUAGAACGUUGUGUAACAUUCCACUGAAUCCUGCCUCACCGUCGUUAGGCUAUUAGAGUUAAUCUCACAGUGCCGCUGGCAACAGAGACCUUACGAAGUGGCGCUGCGCGCCGUACAUUUUACCCAAACUCGCCAUUCCGGUUUGUUUGCAUCGCUGUUGUUCUGAGAGGAUUUCCAAGUAACCAGUCGGAGGGGUUUUCAAAGCCUCUCUGGUGUGUGCUUCUGUUUCUUUUUUGUGCUUGUAACUAAGACCGGAUAGUGUACAAUCUGGCCACCAUGUUCAAAGCGGGGGCACAAGAGCUGACAGGGAUGUUAAGUCUUUAGUGGUGUGUUACUGCAUUUUGCAUUCAAGGUAAAUGUUGCCUGUGAAUUACUUAAUCACUGUGAUGUAUGUCUGUCACUGUGUGUGAUGUAUGACAGAUAAAGGUUAUCUGUCGGGUUCAUAUUGCCACAUUGAAAUAUGUGGCUGGGUAUGCAUCUUUUUACAAUUUAAGUCAAACCACAAGUCACAAAAUUAAUGUCACUUCCUCAAAUUAAUUUGCAAGAAGGGGAAGUUAUUUUACCAGAACCUUAUUUUAUCACACAAAUCUUCUGGCUUAUCUGGAGAGCGCAGACGGAAAUUAAACGAGUCAUGCAGUAAUGCGUUGCCCAACAUGAUUUUUGAAAAAGCAAAGGUCAGUGAGUUUACAGCAGUCUCUGUCACGAAAAGUGUGUAUGGUAAACAUUGAGCUUUAUCUGUAGUGCAAUAAAUAACCUGGCUUUGCUGUCAUGAGGCAUUAUUGGA